CUGUCUUAAAAGCCUCUCUCUCCCUCUCUCUCUCUCUCUCUCUCUCUCUCUCCCCACAGAAAACCCAGCAAUUUCCACUUUCAGAGAUCAAAAUUGUGUUGUCCAAAAUUGACGACGAGAGACUAAUUCCAAGGCAUUUGCAGUCUCUUAAUCCAUUUCUCCUCAUCAUUUAAUUACUCUCAAAAUCUCCAAGCAAGGAAAAUAUUUGACUCUUUCUUGGAUCUCUUUGGGGUGUGUUGUGUGUGUUAUGUGGAUUAUCCCUGGGGAAAUAAAUGGCAGGAUUCUUUUAUCUAGGAGGGAGAGACAACAACAAGCAAGAUCUUCAUCAAGUGGACAAGAGCAGUUAUCUUUAUCUCUACAAGGACGAGAUUUAUAACACCAACAAGGGUUUCGAGAUUUGGCCUCCUCAAUACUUCCAAGAACAACAUCAACAACAACAUGUCACAGCUCCUGCAAACUUUUACUCCUUUGGAAUGGUCCCAAGCGGAAGCAGCAGCAACAACAACAACAAUAACAGGAGCCGGAGUUUACACUUCAACGUAGUCUCCGAUCAUGAGCCGGGAGGAUUCACGGUAACAAGACAAGGAAGUAUGAAUUGUCAAGAUUGUGGGAAUCAAGCUAAGAAAGAUUGUCCUCAUAUGAGAUGUAGAACAUGUUGUAAAAGCCGAGGCUUUCACUGUCGGACUCACGUUAAGAGCACUUGGGUUCCUGCUGUUAAACGCCGUGAGCGUUUAGCUCAACUCGCCUCCUUGCAGCACCGUUCAGCCUUCAGCCGUGAAACGCAAAAGGCAAAACGCCUACGAGAAGCAAAUGGUGGUGGUGAUAAUGUUGAUAAAGACCAUAGUGGUAGUGCUGGAUCGGCUAUUGCUACCCGUGUGCCGAAUGCUAAUUCUAAUUCAGGGUUUGAGGUGAGUCAAAACUUACCACCGGAAGUUAGCUCACCGGCGGUUUUUCGAUGCGUUCGAGUGAGCUCGAUGGAAGAGGAUGAAGAUGAUCAAGAAUAUGCUUAUCAAACGGCUGUGAACAUUGGAGGACAUAUCUUCAAAGGCAUUCUUUAUGACCAAGGACCAGAACAAGAUCACCAUCACCAACUUAACCUCCUUGCUCCCACAGCCACAACCACCAAUGCUGAAGAGACUGCUGCUAAAACGGCGGUUACUGUUGCCGGAAACAAUAAUACUGGAUUAAUACUCGAUCCUUCAUCGCUUUAUCCGGUUCAGCUUAGCUCCUACAUCUCCGGUACGCCAUUCUUCACACCUCCAAGGUCUUGAGAUUCAGACACAAUUAUUGAAUAUUAUUUCAUCUUUACAACGUAAUUGUAAUAAGAGACCUUUGUAUUCGCCUUUGUCUUUUGAAAUUUCCUACAAUUUGAUAAAACUCCCUUAAUUAUCUAGGUUGUUACUUAGUGGUGGGUGAUUAACAUGCACAUCGUACGUGUAUGUAUCUUUAAG